UAGUUAGCUUGCAUUUUCUGCUCACCAUCUCCCGUGCGUUUGGUUGACAGCCGGCUUAAUAAUACAAAAGUAAACGUUUUUUCUUUACUCACAUAGUCAACAAGUUUACCCAUCUUCGUGAGUUUAUCGCUGAUGGCUUCAACAAGUGUCAAGUGAACACAGGCACUCGAAUUUCAUUGCCAGGCGUCGUUAAGAAAAUUACUUAACUGUUGCGGCCGCCACCCUGUCAAUCCCUAUCAUGUGGACAACGGUUGUCACUGCGCUGUGGAUAACAGCGGUGUAUGGCCAAAUGCCACCACAGGCCUAUCCGUACAACGUCACACUGAAUGGACAAAAUGCCAAAGCAGAAUGGCGGAAGGUCGGUGAAGACCGUAUUGAAUUCCAGGUGACCGCACCGACCACCGGCUGGUUCGGAUUGGGACUGUCGCCCAGUGGCUCGAUGCGUGGUGCGGAUAUUCUUGUUGGUUGGAUUGACGAAAAUGGAAAGGGUCAUAUCGAGGAUCGAUAUGCCCCAGAUUUCAUCGAACCAACUCUGGACCCUCAGCAAGACUGGACGUUAGAAGGUUCCGUGCGUCAAGAUGGCAAUCUGAUCUUCCGGAUGUCACGAAAGCUCAAUACUUGUGACAAACAGAACGACGUACCGAUUAAUACCAUCGAUACGAUGCGCUUAAUUUACGCAUCGAAUCCGGCUUUGCCUAUGAAAACUGGCGAUCAGUUCCAUAUCCGGAAACACGUGGAAGAAAGUAAAGGCGUACAGACAGUGCGAAUGUUCGAAGACACAGCACGCACUCCGCCACAACCGGCAGCCGGCGAAGAUAUUCAGAACGUCAAAUUCAUGAUAACCGAGAAUCAAGUGCCAGCCGUAGACACGGCGUACGUCUGCGAAGUGAUGCCCUUUCCACCAGUGGACAAUUCGGAUUUAUACAUGAUUGGGUUUGGAGAAAUCGUGACACCGGGAAACACGGAUUUAGUCCAUCACAUCAUUUUAUAUGCGUGUAAUGACCAAAUCAACGCCACUUUCCCAGCCAAACGACAAUUUGACUGUGACACGGAUAAAGACGGCAUCCAGGGGAGCUGCACGGCACUGUUGGCGGCUGUAGGGAAGGCCAGUCGUCCGGCUUAUUUUCCCGAAGAUGUAGCAUUACCGUUAAAAAAGAUUAUCGAUAAGAAGAGUUUCCUUAUGAUGCAAAUGCAUUAUGACAAUCCAUCUGUAAGAUCGGACAGGAUUGACGCGUCAGGAGUUGAACUGUACCUUUCAAACAAAAAGCGGAAGUACGAUGCCGGAGCGACUCGCUUUGGAAGCAUUGGGCUUGACUGGACGGUUGCAAUUCCGCCGAUGACACCAGAAUGGACAAUACGAACGGAAUGCCCUGCUCAGUGUACAAAACGGUAUCCCAGCGACGGAGUGAGAAUCAUCGGUGUGGAGCUGCACACCCAUCUUCUGGGUAUCAAAAUGUAUGCCCGCCACAUACGCAACGGAAAGGAGCUGGCGCCUAUAAGCACCGAUGAAAAUUACGACAGCAACUACCAAGAGUUCAUCAUGUUCGAUAAGAAUAACCAACCUCAACUGAUGCCGGGUGAUACGGUGGUGGUAGAUUGCGUAUAUUCCAGCACGAAGCCCCCUAAUGUUCGCACCAAUACCACUUUUGGAGGCGAGUCAACUAGAGAGGAGAUGUGCAUUGUAUUCGCAUUUUACUACCCUGCUGUUGAUCUGAAUAUGUGCAUGUCAAAAAUGGACGACAAAGAUCUUGCUGCCGGCUAUAAGAUCCCUGCGUCAGAACCAUUAACGUAUGCAAACCGCAAAAAUCUUAUGGCCUUCAUCGACAAGCAGUGGACGCCCGAAACCAAGGAAAAGAUGCGAGAGGUGCAAAACAUUGCAAAGCAGACAUUCGCGUGCCCUUUGGCGGACAAACCGAAUGGUCCAGAAGGUUUCGGCAGCAUUAGCGGCAUCGACAAGUACGAACCUUACCACGAUCCGGAUGUAUGCGGAAGUAGCCGUCAAACAAGAAGUUCAGCGAAUGCUCUACAACCCGGAUUAACAUUUGCAUUUGUUCUAUUCCUUCGUUAUUGAUUGCGUAACAAUGUUUGACCUAUUAAAAUAUUUUGUGCCUUUCUUGUACAGUAUAUGCUUCGAGUUCUAUAAUUACACAUGUUUUGCUAGUUGGGUAGUUCACUUAUUAAGAGGGAAUAAUAAAGGCUUCUGUAAUAAAGUCUAAAUUUCCGUUUUAUUUCUGUUCCAGCGCUG